AUGACUGAUCACAUCAACAAGUACGACUAUGUCCGCUUCUCUGUUGCUGACAUACAUGGACGAUCAAGAGGAAGAGUUGUGCCCGCACGACACGUGAAGAGCUGCUUGGAGACAGGUGUCACACUUUAUGCAGGUUUCUUGUCCUUUGGACUCCAUAAUGACUUCACCCUUCCAUCAGACAAGUUCAAUGAUGGCAGAAUGCCUAAGGCCUAUACACUACCUGAUCUCAGUACCUUAUAUAAUGUACCUUGGUGUGGUAAUGACGACAUCAAGGUGGCUGAGGUUAUCUGUUCAUUGUCGAUUGCACUCAACGGUGAAAUAGUCGGUCCAUCAGAGAAGCUCAAAGAUGACAGAGUGCCCAAAGCGUAUGCACUGCCUGAUUUCAGUACCUUGUAUAAUGUAUCUUGGUGUGGUAAUGACGACAUCAAGGUGGCUGAGGUUAUCUGUGAGAGCUACUGGUUAAUGAGCAGAUCGGUGCAACUUGCAUGUCCUCGAUAUGUUGCACGACAACAAUUAGAAAAAUUGACCAAUCAUGGAUUUAGCCUCUUUUCUGGAUACGAGGUUGAAUUUACACUGGCACAAGCUGGCAUACCGUAUCCUCUUGAACCAGAUUACAUGCGUCACAGAUUAGUCAGCAAACAUGACGGUUUUCUAUUUUACCUUGAAAAACACAUGCACCAAGCAGGUGUCGACAUAGGCUCUUUCCAUUCUGAGGGGGAUGCAGGAUUGUUUGAGAUGGUACUCCAACCAUCGUAUGGCAUCAAAAGUGCUGAUUCGUGCAUUACCUUUAAGAACGGAAUUCUAGAAAUAGGGGAUAAGAAAGAUUAUUCGGUUAGUUUCAACUCCAUGCAAGAAUCUGGCGGAGUAGGAAUGCAUUUUAACCAUUCUCUUUGGUCCUUAUCCGGGGGCGUCAAUGUGUUCCACGAUCCUGACAGUGACCAUGGUCUCAGCACUUUAGGAAGAUACUGGCUGGCCGGUCUCAUGAAACAUGCGAAGGCUCUGAGUGCUUUCUUCUGCCCGACCAGCAACUGUUACGAUCGUUUGCACAAGCCCAAUCUUCCUGGACUCAUCUACUGGAGUACUGAUAAACGUUCUGCUUGCGUUAAAGUCAAGUCUGUGGAUGCUGGGACCUAUGUUGAAAAUCGCAUUCCCAGUGGGAUGAGCAACCCUUACAUCACUCUGGCGGCCACAAUAGCUGCAGGGUUAGAUGGGAUUGUGAAGAAGUUGGAGUGCCCUCCUCUGGAUAAAAGUGUCCUGACCAAUGCUCUUCCUCAUACUCUUUCAGAGGCUUUAAGUGAACUUCAAGCAGACACGGAUAUGAUACACAGUUUGGGAGAAGACUUCAUUCAUUGGUUUGUAUGCACCAUGAAGACGGACAUUGAGGCUUCUUGCAGAGUUGCGUCCCUUAAUCGUGACUGA